GCUGUCCCGUCCCGCACGCUUGCCGACCCGGCCAAACCACGCCACAGCCGCAACGCACCAAAGCGCACUCGCUCGUUCGUACGCGCCCGGCGCCCCUAUUUAACCACCGUCUCCUCCUCCAAGCCCUACGACAGCGAGCACCGUAAACCCUGCUCUCUACUCUCUAGUACCUCGUAGGCAAGCUUCCAUAUGGGUCCGAGAGUUCUUCUUGUCACGGCUAUGGUGGCCGCGGCCGUGGCGGCGGCGGGGGCGGACGUCGCGGCGGACCGGGCGGAAUGCUCGGACAAGCUGGUGGCGCUGGCGACGUGCCUGACAUUCGUGCAGGGGCAGGGGCAGGCGCCGACGCCGGACUGCUGCGGGGGCCUGAAGACGGUGCUGCAGACCAGCCCCAAGUGCCUGUGCGUGCUCGUCAAGGACCGCGACGAUCCCGGUCUCGACUUGAAGCUCAACGUCACCAGGGCGCUCGGCCUCCCCGCCGCCUGCAGCGCCCCGGCAAACAUCUCCGACUGCCCAAGGCUACUGCACCUGCCGCCCAAUUCCAAGGACGCACAGGUCUUCGAGCAGUUUGCCAAGCAGCAGGCGGCCCAGAGCAGCCCAAGUGGGGCGCCUAGUGCGCCGAGCACGGGCGCACAGAAGAGCGCGGCGACGGGGAUGAGGUGGUUGGGAGUGGGCGGAGUCGGUGUGGCCGCACGCGCAGCGGCGCUCCUCUUCUUCGCCGUGCCUUUCUUGCUCCUUGAGAGCUAAAUUCACAAACGAAAGACAGAGAUAGCGAGAGAGAUGAUGGCCCCCCUAUGCUGCAGGGCAUCAUUAUUGUGUACAUGGACCGAGAGUGGUUGAUGAGUGCAAGCAUGGAGCAUGCGUGCGCGUGAGUGCGUGUGUGUUGGUAUCUCUUAAUUUGUGUGUGAAAAACUGAACCGGUAUGCAAUCAAAAAAGGGUCUCUGUUACGUA